UAUUUAUUACGAUGUUAGUGUUCGUCACUGGACAGUGUCGGGUAUAACGUACAAGUUGGUGGUGAUUAAUAUAUUGACAAAAUGGGAAAACCUCCGCCUUCGUUGUACGUAGUGUGCAUGAAUGUGAUGAAUACCGUCGCACAUGUGUUGAUGGGUGGAGUCGCCUUCUUUGGAAUUGUGAUUGGAGAUGUAUUACCCUCAAAGUUCACAGCCCAUUCGUAUUUUGCAGUAAUUGGGCUAACAAUCCUUUGCAGUCAAGCAAUAAUGUCAGUUAACCCUUAUAAGGCGUUUAAUGAAAAUUUCAAGUUCCCGAAGAAGUCGAAAACGUUCUGGAUCGUUCAAAUAGUUGGCUGUAUCGUGGUAUUCGUCGGAGCUUGUUUGGGGAUAGCUGGGAUUAAUAGCCUUACUAUCUCUGUGGGUUCAAUACAGGCUAGCGUGAAACACUUUUCUACCUCUCAUGGAAUCAUCGGUUUGAUGGUCAUGUUAUUGGUGUCGGUGAAAUUAUUAGGUGCUAUCGGGAACUUACUGUUAUCGGAAAGAUUUAAUAAUUUGAUGAAGACUAUAUACGUUAUUGUAUCGAUUGUAACAAUAUCAAUGGCUUACUUAGCAAUUUGCGUAAAGUAUGGCGAUGUUAAUGAUCGUUAUUGGAGUGCGCCAUCUUGGGCUAUAGCAUUUACUGUAUUUACCAUGCUAUCGUUGUGGUUAAUGACUGGCGCCCGAGUGUUUAUGACUGGUAGCAUUAAUAAUGAAUGGUGUAUGAAUGUAAUGAACACCGUCGCACAUGUGUUGAUGGGUGGCGCCGCCUUCUUUGGAAUUGUGAUUGGAGAUGGUCUAUCCUCAAAGUUGUCUGCCCAUUGCAUUAUGAUAGUCAUUGGGUUUACAAUCCUUUGCAGUCAAGCGAUAUUGUCAGUCAACCCUUACAAGGGGUUCAAUGAAGAAUUCAAGUUCCCGAAGAAGACGAAAAUGUAUUGGAUAAUUCAAAUAAUUGGCUGUAUCGUGGUAUUCGUCGGAGCUUGUUUGGGGUUAGCUGCGGUUGGUAGUAAUACUGUUUCUGUGGGUCCAAUACAGGCCGGCGGGAAACACUUUACAACUGCUCAUGCAAUCACAGAAAUGGAAAAACCUUCGCCUUCGUUGUACGUGGGAUGCAUGAAUGUGGUGAAUACCGUCGCACAUGUGUUAAUGGGUGGAGCCGCCUUCUUUGGAAUUGUGCUUGGAGAUGGUUUACCCUCAAAGUUGACUGCCCAUUCUAUUAUGAUAGUCAUUGGGCUUACAAUCCUUUGCAGUCAAGCGAUAUUGUCCGUCAACCCUUACAAGGGGUUCAAUGAGAAUUUUAAGUUCCCCAAGAAGACGAAAAUGUAUUGGAUAAUUCAAAUAAUUGGCUGUAUCGUGGUAUUCGUCGGAGUUUGUUUGGGGUUAGCUGCGGUUAGUAGUUAUACUAUUACUGUGGGUCCAAUACAGGUCGGCGGGAAACACUUACAAACUUCUCACGGAAUCAUAGGGUUGAUCGUCAUGAUAUUUGUUUCCGAAAAAAAAGUAGGUGCUAUCGCAAACUUACUAUUGGCGGACAGAUUAAAUAAUUUAUUGAAGACUAUACAUGUAGUUGUAUCAAUUGUCACAAUAUCCAUGGCUUACAUAACAAUUUGCAUAAAGUAUGGCGAUGUUAAUUCAAGUUCCGUCAGUACACCAUCUUGGGCCAUAGCAUUUUCUGUAUUUACAAUUAUUGCAUUGUUGUUAAUGUCUGGCGCCCGAGUGCUUAUGACUGGUAGUAUUAGGCCUUAAUAAUUGAUAAGUUUUUUUUUACAAAUAAUAUGUGUAGACAUGGGGUGUUAAAAUACUUGGUAGAUGUUAAAUCGAUAAAUAACUGCUUUCUAAUGUUUCACCGCAAGCCCCGCCCCAUAUCGGAAUUGACGAAAAAAUUAAAAUUUAUUUUUUUUCUGUGAAAAUAAACCAACACUAGUUUUAAUUAGUCAUAGAUUUAUUUUGUAAGAGGCAAAUUAUUGUGCUUGAAUAUCCAGACAUGUAUUUGUACCUAUAUUUUUUAUUAUAAUAUGAAAUUAUGUCUUCUGUAGUUUUCUUGUUUCCAUUACUGUUCUCUUAAGAGAUAAGUCAGUAGGAUAGAGAAAUCGAAUACAGAUUAAUUAAAUUAUCUAGGUACAUACGUACAUACGAUUCUUAUAAGUUUAUCUAAUAUCGUGCACAUUUUUAGAAAUAAAAAUAUCUCGUAAGAUAA